UUACGUGCCGAAAGCCACGCUCUGAAACAUGCACUAUUUCUUGGACAAAAAGGAGAUAAUUAUUAAUCUUUUAUCACCCAGUUUGAUGCCUCUUGUUAGAUAUGGAUUACUCAAUUUCUGUUAAUUUUGAGAUUUUUUGCUUUUCAUUUGCAGGAAUACCCAAUGAUCCAUUUAUUUUAUUCUCUCUGUUUUUCGGCGUAAAACGUUAACAUCAUUUUACACAACACAGGACUCGCCAGGACUGAACACAGGCCAAUUAAUAAACAGGACUCAGCCCUCUGUAUGCCCAGUGGCCGUUUGCCGUUCUUUUAAUAUGCUUUCAUAAUGCUUAAAGCUUUGGUAAGAAGCCCAGGAAUCUGUAAUUUUCGGCCUUGGCGGUUCUCUGGAUUUGGAACAGUCGAGAACGUAGGCAAUUAUUCUUCUUUGUUUCCACAAGAAUUGGAGAGAUGGGUUAGGUGAUGGAAACAUUUCUGACAGGGACAUUCAUUUUCGGCAGAGACAGCGUUAUGUCGGACGCAACACACAUUUGAUCUGUCCGUUUUAAACGAGUUCAUGGAAGAGGCUCAGGUAUUCUAAGGGAAAUGUCUCGUCAGGUUCUGAAAGGUCGUUUGCAUUUCAGUUCUGGUGUUACAUGUCAAUCUUAUACCUCGAUAUUUUCUGGUAGACUGUAACGGUCGUUUAGGAUAAGAUUUGAUAAGAUUUUUUCAUUUUUUAUUCCCAUAAUUUUUCUUUUGGAAUACGUACUUGUUAGUAUGUCGUAUGAUCGCGACUGCAGUAGCUAUCUUGCACAAUCAAACAAGUUAUAGACGGUUAUUCCGCUCCCAAAAUACUUUUGGUCAGUUAGAUUCGACUUUGCGACGUCACAGCAAACGGCGUAAAAUAAGGGGCUUUAUCACGUCGAGAGCAUGGUGUGAAAUACUAAGUAACAAGCAUCAGUCUGAAAAGAAAAAUCCACACAAUCGCUAUUAAAAACAAUGAAACUAGAAUGCCAAACAAUGAGGCAUUUUGAGGUGUUAACUUUACACCACCACCCAACUGGCAGGUAUUAUAUACUUGAACAAUAGGUUUUCAACGUCUCAAAGACUACUGAAAAACACUGCAGAAUCUCAACCUUCCAAAGAACAUCUGUGCGUCGCGGCCAAGUGAAGAGACUUAAUCCAUCACCAGCGGAUAGUUGAAUGGCGGCUUGCCUAUUGAACAAUUUUAAGUAGCUUAAGUGAUAAUCGAAAUCAUUUUUUAUUACAUUUGCCGCUUAGAACAGGUGGAUUCAACUAGUCAGUCGACCAUAAAUUAAAUCAUUUCCUCGCUUUAUUAGGCCAUUUUUGCUCCGAAGCCACAAACAAAGCAUGUGGUAAAUUAGAAUAUCUAUAAUGGCUAAUUAAAACAUUUUCAGCUGCGAAAUACAGCAUAUUGUUUUGCUGUGGUGUUCCCUCUUGUAUCCACACACUCCUUAUCACUUCUAAACGUCGCUUCGCCACCACACGAAGGCAGUACAUUUCCAGUACACUCUGUGGAUCAUAACAAAAUUUACAGCGACAAAUUGAGAGGACAAUGACAGACUCACGAUUUCGCUUAACAAAGCAAGAAGAGACGCAUUUAGAUGGAACGACUGUAAACAACGCUGAGGUCCAAAUAACGCCCAGUGGUAAACGGAUGCGAAAGAAAAACUGUAACACUGCAGUACUUGCAUUUCUGAUAGUUAUACUUGUCUUGGCUUGUAUUGUGCUAAUAGCUCUGUUGGCGAUAGAAAAAAUGCGCAAAAACAACUCAGACACGAGCGAAAAUGGAACUCUGCCAUGUACCAGUGCCCAGUGUGUCCUCGCUUCCUCCAAUAUUUUACAAACAGUUGACCAUAAUGUGGAUCCAUGUGAUGACUUCUUUUUGCAUGCGUGUGGGGGCUGGAUAAAGAACAACCCUAUUCCACCUAAUGAACCACUUUGGAAUCAAGUACUAGUUCUGAAGACAAAAAAUGAUCAACUUUUGAAGACACUCCUUGGUGAUCGCAGGAUUAGAGAGAGAUAUCUGACAAAUGAUGCUGUGCGAAAGGCCUUCAUGUAUUAUGAUUCUUGCACAAACUAUGAGCGCAUAGAACGUGAAAAAGGAUCACCUCUUCUUGAAAUAAUGGAGAAAUAUGGUUCAUGGAACAUAACCAACAAAACCUGGACUUCUGACUCAUGGGAUUUUAUGAAGACCUUGGCUCAAAUGCACAAAUACCUUAAGCUAUCACCUUUAUUUACGUUUCAAGUGCAACCGGAUCUUAUGGAAUCUUCACGCUACAUUAUAAUGGUAUGACAACUCUUUGUUAUUCCAAUGUACACGUACAUACAAAGGGGUGUAGUUGCAGCGCAAGGCAAUCUUGAUCCUGAGUGAAGCUCGAGUUUCAAGUUAGCCACUUUUAUUUUGCUUCAUAUUUUUUCUUGCUACAUUAUAAUUUGUAAUUUUUAUAGUCUGUUUUUCUUUGCAUGACCAUUAUAGUGAUAUUACCAUUAUAGUGAAUAUCAGUGCCAGAAGUGCAUUUGCCAGUUCAAUUUUCUAGGCUCAGUUGUUUACGAAAAAAAUUAUUAUGUAACUAUAAGUUAAAUCCCAUGCUCACCCUCACAAAACAUUUCUGGUUCAGGUUAAAGGAGCCUCGGCUAAAAAACAAUUCUGGCCAAAAUAGUGAAUUUUCCUUAGUGUAAGUCCGUUUUUGUGCUUAAAAGUCGCAGAUUUCUUUUUGCAUUCGAAUGCUUGGCCUUAGAUUUGUCAAAUUUAGUGCUUUCAAACUCGCUGCUUGGCGCCAUGUUUUUCAGCGCAAAGUGUGCUGGGAGAUUAUGACGUCAGUGGGUUGUCAGACUUUCAUCACGGCGGGCUGAUGGCGGGUUUUUGAAUUUACGGCCGGAGGGCCGUAGAUUCUAUGUCAUCCAGCGUGUUCGUUAACCAAAAACGUGCAAAAACAAAAGAAAAUUCGUACUUAAUCAAACUUCCGGUGUGCGAAGAUCGCUUCGCGAUUAAUGCCCGAAUGACCGACUGUACGAUUGAGAGGAACAAAAUGUGAAGAUUAGUCAUGAUUGAUUUGUCGGUAGACUUUCGGUUAGUCAAACCUGUCAAUGUUCGUAAGAGGGAGUUGCUUGUCAAAACGGAGAAAAAAAAAUGCGAAUUUACUAGCAGAAGCACAGCGUUACGGAGCAUUACCAAUGAUUACGAUCUCUAACCGCUGACCGUACGUAUGACAUUACAGACCCGUUUUCCCACGUUCUUCGAAGUGACGCGAAUUGGUGAGUAGUCAAAGUUUUCUUUUUUUUUUUUCUGAUAUUACCAGGUACAGCUAUCAGCGAAUGUGCCAAAACAUUGUUUUCGAAUGAUCUUGCAUGAUUUUGAGUGGUUUCCGAAAGGUUUUGAUUGGAAAUACGAAUGUUACGUGCCUCAGUUCAAAGCAGCUUUCGAGCAAAUAAAAUGCACAUUUGCAAAUGGGUGUCUGGAAAACCUGAAUAGCGAA